AUAGGAUUAAUGGAGAAGGUCAGAUCGGUGGGUUAGCUACGGACGAUGAAGGACCCGUUCGAGGCGGCGGCGGAGGAGCAAGAUUCGCCUCCGGAGUCGCCCAUACCUGCCGAGGAGGACGUGGCGGUCGCCGUAGACGUCGACGAGGAGGAGGCCGACGCCCCGUCGCAGCCCCAGGCCUCCGCUCCCCCGGGACCGGCCGGCGCCGGUGGGGGCGGGAAAGGGAAGGAGGAGGAGGAAGAGGAAGAGGAGGAGAACAUGGAUGUCGAGUUCGGCAAGUUCCCCUCUGGUGGCGACCCGGACAAGAUGGCCAAGAUGCAGGCAAUCCUUUCGCAAUUUACGGAGGAACAGAUGAGUCGUUAUGAAUCGUUUAGGAGAUCUGGCUUUCAGAAAUCUAACAUGAGACGGCUAUUGACGAGCAUCACGGGAAGCCAAAAAAUUUCAAUACCCAUGACUAUUGUUGUGUCUGGCAUAGCAAAAAUGUUUGUCGGUGAGCUAAUUGAGACAGCAAGAAUUGUGAUGACGGAAAGAAAGGAAAGUGGCCCAAUCAGGCCUUGCCACAUCAGGGAAGCCUAUCGACGACUCAAGCUCGAGGGGAAAAUACCGAAGAGAUCGGUGCCUCGGCUCUUCCGGUAGAAGGGUGGCUACCUGAUUAUUGACAGAAAACCAUUUUUGGUUCUGGGGCUGGUCGGACAUUCCUACUCCAUGUACAGCAUAAUCCCUGCACUUUCAAGAUUAUAGUGGGUUGAAGCUGAAAUUUGCCCCGUUAAGGCUUUGUUCAAGAUUGCAAUUCUCUCAAGUCAUGUAACUGUCUGGAAUGAUCAGUCUGUUUGUCUAAUUGAACUAUGAAACAUGCUUGGUAGAAGUAAUUAUAGAUAUCUUCUUCUGUAAAAUAGAUGUUUCUCCCAGCAAUUACAGGAUGCUUGGUUUCUUGGU